GGACAGCAACCCGCCGGCGGAUGCGGGAACCACCUUCAUUCAUGGCAGGGGCCGAGGACCCUGCCCGAACUUCGUCCCGCGUGACCCAGCUGCCAAACCCCCUUGGAAGAGGGAGUGGAGCACUGGGCUAGGGUAGCAACUGACGGGAAACCGCGCUCGCCUGUCCAUCCACCUUAGGGUGUCCCAGGCUUGUGCCUGUGAAGGGUUGAACGAAAAGGUGCUGCGCAGGCGCAUUGAAAACCUUACCGACUUCGGUUCGUCAGCGGAACCUUUGAAUCGAGUUUUCGGGCCACCAAGGGAGGAAUCCCGGAGGCGACUCCUCAGGACUAUUUGGAAAGAGGAUAAGGAAGAGGAGGAGCGAGGAUCCAUGGCGGCGCUGGUUGCUGUUUGCAGUGAUCUAGGGAGGAAAAAGUUGGCGUACUUCAUAAAGCCAGCUCUCUGCCUCAGAGAUCCUAAGACUCACGCGGUGCUGUGGAGAAGCUGUUCACAAUAUACGCAGGUAGCCAGCAAUGAGGACCUGCUUUUGUCCCAGUUUAUAUCUCCAUUUACUGGAUGCAUUUAUGGAAGGCACAUAACAGGUCUUUGUGGGAAGAAACAGAAAGAAAUCACAAAAGCAAUUAAGAGAGCUCAAAUAAUGGGGUUUAUGCCAGUUACAUACAAGGAUCCUGCAUAUCUCAAAGACCCUAAAGUUUGUAACAUCAAGUAUCGGGAGUAAAUUACAUGUCUUAUCAUCAGUAAAUGUAUUUUACAAUAAAUGGUUGUAUGGUUUUAAUAUUGACUCAAAUUAGAAGAUUUAAUAAUCUUUGAGUAGAAAAUAGGCUAAAUCUUGCCAAAUGCUUGUAAGUUUUAAAUUCUUAAUAAUUGAAAUCUUACAAGGAAAAAGUGCUUCCACUGCUCAUUAAAGAAACAUUAUUUAAAAUGUUAAUACUCAUCACAUUUUACAUACAUACAAACUUUAAAAAUUGGUACUGUAGGAUUGUCAUUUUAUCUGGUCCCCACUUAGCUCAUACCAUAUACAACUCAUAUUGGGAUUUUAAGUAUGGAAUAGAGGACUUGGAAUUUUACUUGAGUCCCAGAUUUUGUCUUGUAAAUGGGAUUUUAGGCAUAUGGUUGCAUCAAGGUAGAAUGCUUUUAUUAAUGCCCAAAUUCCAUGUGACAGAGUGUAGACUUGAAAUUGCUUAGAUUUUCUAACUACCAAUAUUUAAGUAUGCCUGGCCAGGACAGUGGGUGUUCCCUUUAUAGAGACAUUAGUUAACGCUGGUAUGGAUAGUGGUGCAAAGGCCCUAACAUUUAUUCCUGGGCUAGUCUAUCUUGAAACUGGUAGUGUACUUUUUUUUUUUUAAACAUUUACUUACUUUUGAGAGAUGGAGACAGAGCAUGGAUGGGGGAGGGGCAGAGAGAGGAAGACACUGAAUCCAAAGCAGACUCCAGGCUCAGGGUUGUUAGCACAGAGCCCGACAUGAGACCCAAACUCAUGGAUGGUGAGAUCAUGACCUGGGCCAAAGUCGGACACUUAACCGUUAACUGAGCCACCCAGGUGUCCCAGUAGCAUAAUUUAAAAUGAUCCAUAAACAAAUGGUCUAGUAACUAAUUGCCAAAAGAUGAGUAACUGGGGGAAAAUGAUAUAGAAGGACCCUUUUCCUUCUUUUCAUUUAAUACCAAAAGGUGGGUCAUCAAACUUAAUUAUGGAAAUUCAGCUGGUACUGACCUUAGCAUGCUUCUCUAUGACUGGAAGUUUAGCAUUUCUUUCUUCAAGAUGGAUCAUUGUGCCAAAGUAUGAACUAAAUACAUUACCUCUCUAUAGUGCUUUAGCAAACUGAACUUUGUAUGAAGGCCUGUUUCUUUUAAGGAGUCUGAAAAAUCUUUAGUUACUGUCUUAAGACAUUUGCAUAUGUUGGUUGCUUAUUGCUUCUGCUGGUCCUAGUCUAGCUUUUUUUUUUUUUAUUUAAAAAAAAAUUUUUUUUAACGUUUAUUUAUUUUUGAGACGGAGCAUGAACGGGGGAGGGGCAGAGAGAGAGAGGGAGACACAGAAUCGGAAGCAGGCUCCAGGCUCUGAGCCAUCAGUCCAGAGCCCGACACGAGACUCGAACUCACGGACCUCGAGAUGGUGACCCGGGCUGAAGUCGUACGCUUAACCAACUGAGCCACCCAGGCGCCCCUAGUCUAGCUUGUUUUAUCUGUUGAUUAGUGGACUGGUACAUGGAGGGCAGGAAAACACUAAAGAGGCAGAUGACUCCAGACUGUAAGUAGCAGCGUAAAUAAGCAAGAGAACUUACUUACAAAGCUGGUCUUGGGUGACCACAAGACAGAUCUCAGAAAAACAGAUCUCUGCACCUGCCUGUCAAGUCUUAAAAGUUUCAAUUGAGGCCUUAACUGGGUUUAGUCACACACAAUCCAUAUGGUCUUAACAGCUUGCUUUCUCAAGUCCAUGUCCUUGGAACACUCCCAAUGUGGUAACAGUAGGCAAAGUGUACAUUCCAAGGAUGGGAGGGGGUGAGGAACCUUUGUCUCAGUCCAGCAUACAGGUAAACUAGGUGAUGUGUGCUCAGUGACCUCCAGCAAAUCAUUUGUUGGCUGCAUUUAGUCAUUAUGUUCUAUGUGAUGCUCUAUAUGCUCUAGUGAUGUUUGUGGUUAUUUUAAUUUUAGUGUGUGUGAGUGGGGUGGGGAGGGGCAGAGGGAAAGAGAAUCUUAAGCAGUCUCCACGCUCAGUGCAGAGCCCAACACGGGGCUUGGUCCCACAAACCCAGGAUCAUGACCUGAGCCAAAAUCAAGAGUCAGAAACUCAACCAACUGAGCCACCCAGCUGCCCACCUGCCCCAUUUGUGGUUAUUUUUAAGUCAGGUUUCAGACUGCCAACCUAUUUCCCCUCCCUCUGCCCUGUGUUGUUACACCACAGUGCUUCUUAGGUAACCAGUUAAACAGCCCCAACAGAAACUCUUUAUACAAAACAUCUCAGUUGUUAUGUGGGCUUCAUUAGCACCCCAUGGGUAACUAAUACAUGUUAACAUAGAUAAAAGAUAAUUUUGAUAGUAGCUAGGAAUUUGUUCUGCCACUAGGAAGUAGCAGAUGGAAAAGCUAUGCUCAAAGUUUGUGUUCAGCAUUUCAUCCAGUGAGUGAAACAUGAAGGCUUCAUAUAAUGUGUAGGCCUUGUGGAAAAUUCUCACAAUUAUGUAAAAGAAAUAAAACACACAGUAAAAGCUCUCUUAGGCAACUUCCAUUUAACCAGCUCACUGGAUUAAACUGGAGCUUUACAUCCUCAAAUAUCAUACUGAAGCCCAUAAUUCUUCAAACCUGUUGAGUUCUACAUUACCAAGAGUCAGCUAUUUUGUUCCCAAGUCUGUGUCAGUUUCGUCACUGUAUUGAAGUAGAAGCAUUAAAAAGUUACUGCAAUGAAAACUAAGUAAAUGCUUUCUAACUGACUGCACCACCCAGGGCGCCUGGGUGGUGCAGUCAGUUAAGUGUCCCACUUCGGCUCAGGUCAUGAUCUCGUAGUUCAUGAAUUCAAGACCCACAUCAGGCUCUGUGCUGACAGCUGAGAGCCUGGAGCCUGCUUCAGAUUCUGUGUUUCCUCUCUCUGCCCCUCCUCCGCUCGUGUGCGCGCAUUCUUUCUC